CGAGAUUUCCUAUGUGACCAAGGGAACCGUGUUUUGUUGCUGGCAGGCAUGACUUUCUAAACCGCUGUCUUGCUAGCACAGGAGCAUCUUUUCAAUUCGCAUGGAGCUUCCAGAACCGAUCAGAAGACGUUUAGGACACUUUUCCAGAACUGUGUUUGUUGAUCAGAGUCGUACUCAACCAUCUCCCGAAGAUCAUGUCACGUUUUUGGGGCACAACAGUGAGGUUGUCUCCAGCCUGCCUCUCCAGAUGUCACUGUUCUUCAACAUGUGUUUUUUCCCACUGUGGUGGAUCAGUGAGGUGGUGAUGCUGCACCUCAAGUAUCCAGCCCUUCCUGACUACUAUAAGUUCAUCCUCAUCACCAUCCUCAUCCUGAUGACUCUUGUAGAGGCUAUCAGACUCUACCUAGGCUAUGCAGGAAAUUUGCAAGAGAAGGUCCCUGAGCUGGCUGGUUUCUGGCUCCUGAGUCUCCUGCUGCAGUUUCCUUUGAUUCUGUUUCAGCUCUUCAACCAAGCCAUUCUGAUCCAACCUCUGGAGAGAGGGGUUCACUUCAUUCUGGCCCUGUUCAUACUCACUCAGGCCCUCUCUGGCUUUGUGGCUCUACGUGGGAUGGUCAGACACACAGAGAGCCACUUCCACCUCAGACAGUUUGAUGGGGUUCAGGAGCUGAGGGCAGCCUGACUGCUCUGCUGAGCUGACAUGCAGAGACAGAGCUACCGUUGGCCAAGAUUUUCUUUAACUCAAUGAGAUUCAAACCUUGUCAUUGACGUUCUUGCUCAUCGUGGGAGGGAAGAUUCUCUCAUGGAGCCAUUGUGUGGCAUCAUCGCGGUUGGUACACGAAGACAUUGUUCUUAUGACUGUGACCGUGAAAAUCCAUACAGCACCACAUCCCUCUCAGCCAUCAGUUUUGGGUGCAAUGACAAAAACAAGGACAGAGGGGAAACCAUAGCAACAAGGUCAGAGAAGGCAGACUGAACAUACAAACCUCUCUGUAGGUUAGAGAGGCAUGACUCUCUCACAUCUGUUUGAGUAUCCUCCCACUUCCCCCCUCUCACCUAUUGACCAUGUUCCUGGUGUGCCAGACGCAGGGGAAGGAGUCCCUCAGCAGAGUCUUGUAGUUCCUGUUCAGGUCCCUGCCGGCCAGAGAGCAGUAGUAGUUCCCCACCACCACCCUGUCUGGGUUCAGCAUAGGCAUCACCUGCAGGUCCGCAAGAGAGCAACACAACAAUCAACAUCAUGGGGUCUCUUUAUGAGGUGUUUCUAAUUCUGAAUGGAAAACGAACAUUUAUCCCACAUGGCAAUCAAACACAUAACUGAAAUAGUUGGUUAUUUUCAAAGAUAAAAAGGCCCAAAGUGCAUAAGUGACUUUAAACACAAAGAUCUCCCUCAGCUGCCUGGUGUCGUCCGACUCCCAGCAGGAAGUCCAGGAAUCCCUGCAUCAACCAGGAGCUGUUGUUCUUCCUGGGUUGCACCCCGGCUGUCACCACCACCGCCUGCUUGGCACUCCUCUCCGCCCACCCUCCUCCCGUCAACGUCACUGUCAGCACAUGUACAACGUUGCCGGCCAGGCUGCGGCAAUGCACCCGCAGCUUGCAGUAGUCGGCGGUGGCCGAAUUGGAGGUGAGGUGGCUGAGGUAGCACUGCAGGUGGGAGUAGGUGUUAAGGGUAGCAGUGGGCCAGAUAGGUGUCUGUCAUAGGGGAACUGGCAGGUCCAGGUGAGGGAUAAUAGUUGAGGGUAAUAGUUUAGCACUUUGAGUCCAUUCAGACUCAUAAUUCUGUACUGUAUGCCUCUGGAUCGUUCUAUACAGUGUAGCGGUCAAAACAACAUUGAGUGUUUGUGUUACAGCAAACAGUUCAGUGGUAUGUACCUAUGUACAUUACCUAUGUCCAAGGACCCUGCCUAUGUCCAAGGACCCUGGGACUAAACACGGGCAUAGACAGAUUUUUUGGGGGGUGGAUAGGCCUAGAAAAAUUUGGAUAGCCAUUUUUCUACUUGUUUAUUACAUUUAUUUUGCAAUGUGCACCGUAUAUUAUUUCGUAAUACAAUCGUUUUAUACUAGUGCAUAGUACUUGGAGCAACCUCGUUACAUAUACAAAUAAUUACAUAUCCCAGCAUAUUAAAAUAAGAUAGUAACUUUAGACCAGUUGCCAACUUGCCAACAACAUAAAACUCAUCUUCAGGCGCACUUUAAUCUCGAUGGGCAAACAAGUCUAUAUUUGAUGUUACCAUUUAUACCACGGCGGGCAGUAGUACUAUAAAAAGGUAGCUUACCUUUAGUAGACGUAUCAUAAGGCGUGACCUACAUCACAAGGCGCAGACGGCGAAACUUUGAGUUGAAUAUGGGGAUGAUUUCAUCAUAAUCCAAUGUAUCUGUCUGUUAACGCUCAAAACAGCAAACUGAAGUGGUUCAGUCGGGCGCUUGUCAUUGAUGUGCGAACACGUUUUUUAUCCUAGUUGGUGUUGAGAAAAGUCUCUCCACACUGCGUGAUGUCAUUGGAAGUGUGACAGUGAUCCUUAACAUAGUUUAUAUUAGGGAAAAUAUCAUCAGGGCAGCUGUCAAGUACACUCAUUAUGGAGGAUACGUCACUCUUUCCCAUGUUCAUUUUGCAACUCAAUUGCUGAAUAAAAACAGUGAAUUCAGCAUCCUCAAUUGAUAUUGCAUAAUGAUCGCAUGUGGUCUUCAGCUGCUCUUUAAGGCCGCAGGUUUGUGAUUCUUUGGAAAAGGAGGCUGCCGCUUGCAUGAUCCCAUGUGUCUCCUUGAAAUAUUGAGUUUAACUCGGUAAUCUGUCUGUCUAGAAUAUUGUUCCAAAGUUGCCUCAGGUCACUGUCACUCUUGAUGCUGGAUGUUUUCCCUAAUGAAUUUGUGACUACACUGUCUGCCAAUUUUACAGGCAGUUUUCGCUGCCGUGAUGCGCUCACGUCCCAAUUACUAAUAUCACGCUUAACCAUCAUCUCUUCAGUUAGCUUGAGAACUUUAUCAAAGUCUCCCCCUGAGUUCUCUGAACGUAGAAAAGCUGCUUUUGAGGAUUUCAAUUAAACCAGUACAGUCCGUCACAGAUAAUGUAGAGCUUUGUAAUCAGUUCAUAGCAAAAUCACUAGUGUCAAACUAUUUACUAAACGUGACUAACAGGAAUAAAAACGUAUUGUUCUGGAUUUCUUGUAAGAGGGCAUCAGCUUCUAAUUUGGUUUGUCCACAAGCCUCUGAAAAAUCUGCAAGAACCUCAAAAAUGACAUCUAGCAGUAACAGCACUUUACUUACAGACCCUGAUUUUGAACUCCACCGUACAUCUGUGGAUCUUUCUAGCUCGAUACAUGGUCUAUCGGGAUGCAACUCUUUCUGUACUUCUAUGAAUCCAGCAUGUCUGUGGGAUCCACUCAUAAAUGUGUGUAGCUGGUUUACUGUGUCAAAAGAAGUACUGACAUGUCCCGACACUUUUGCCGCGGUGCACAGAACCAAAUUCAAACGGUGGGAGUUGCAAUGCACAUAUACCGCUUGCUUAAAUGUUUGCUUUAGUAGGACAUGUACCCCUCCCCUCAUCUGUUCCCUGACAUGACUGAAGCGCCAUCGAAACAAAAACCCACACAGUGGGAUCCCAAACUGUUAUAGACCUAUAUCCAUCCUGCCAUGCCUUUCUUAAAUCUUCAAAAGCCAAGUUAACAAACAAACUUUUGCACCCCAGUAUCUCUACUUGCACAUCAUCAUCUGCACAUCUAUCACUCCAGUGUUAAUGCUAAAUUGUAAUUAUUUACCUCUAUAGCCUAUAUAUUGCCUACCUCCCUACUCUUCUACAUUUGCACACACUUUACAUAGAUUUUUCUAUUGUGUUAUUGACUGUAUGUUUGUUUAUGUGUAACUCUGUGUUGUUGUUUUUGUCGCACUGCUUUGCUUUAUCUUGGCCAGGUCACAGUUGUAAAUGAGAACUUGUUCUCAACUGGCAUACCUGGUUAAAUAAAGGUGAAAUACAAAAAACAAA